AUGGCCAUUGCACAAGUAGCUCCGGAGCAAGCGGUGAUGACUGUAAACAGGCUUGUGGCCGCCACCCCAUCCAAAGUGCUGAACCCGCAUCCCAAACUGAUCCGGGUGGUAGUGUCAGUACGUGUGGAUGCUGGGCAGGCAGAAGACGGUCGCAUCAUUGAGUACUAUACCUAUGGCAGUGAAGAUAGGGAGGCCCAGAUUUUGUUGCAGAUCAAUGGCCGUCUCUUCAAAGAGAUGACGGGCAUCGUGAAUACAUUUCAAGAGCUGAAGAUACGAGGCAUCAGCAUCUCCUUGCCGGGCCAUGGCUUCUCCUCCAAUCAUCCGUCGAGGAGAAUCGGUGAUUGGCCCCGGCAAGACGUAAGGCCAGUGUUCGAGAAGGAGAACAUCACUGGACAGUUCAUGGUAGCAGGAAUGAGCUUCGGUUCUUCACAUGCCAUGGCGGUCAUGCACGAGUUUCCGGAACGGGUGACCCACGCGCAUUUGCUCGUACCAUACCUCCCGGUGGAGGUGCGACGGCAAGAGGGUUGGAAGCUCUACGGCCAGGACGACGCCUUGCGCUGUGAGUACCAAUGGGCCAGUGGCUGUUGGCCACGAACCUGCUGCCUUUAUUGCUGUUGCAGCAUGUGCUUCAACUGCUGUUGUGCUGGAUAG